AUGAUCUGUGUGGAUCACUUCGAUGUUCAGAAGGAAACUUUCUCUUACUUACAACUACCAUGCGAUCAUGUGACCUUACAUUACAAUGCUUGUUUUAAAGAAUCAAAGAAAGAAAAGCCAAAGCCUACCAAAGAGAAAGUUGAGCCAUCCAAAGACAAAGAAAGAAAGACUAAAAAAGAAAAGCAGCGAGAGCCUCCAAUCAAGACAAGGGGGAAAGCCAAACCAGGAAAGCUAAAAGUUGUAAAAGAGAAAAAGUCAUCUCUUACACGACCAGAACCAGGAAAGCUGAAAAAAGCAAAAUCAACUCCAGCAACUACAAAAGAGAAAGCAUCUGUGAAGCAAAUGAAGCCAAAACCGACAAAGAAAGCAGUAAAGCCCAAAGUAACAGCAGUAAAGCCCAAAGUAACAAGGGCAGAAGCUGUGAAGCAAGUGAAACAGAAAUCGACAAAGAAAGCGGUAAAGACCAAAGUAACAAAGGCAGAAACUGUCAAGCAAGAGAAACGAAAAUCUACAGAGGAAGCUAUAAAACCAAAAGUAACAAAGGCGGAAACCGUGAAGCAAGUGAAGCCAAAAUCUGCAAAGAAAGCAGUAAAGCCCAAAAUAAAAAAGGCAGAAACCUUGAAGCAAGUGAAACCAAAAGCUACAGAAAAAGGGGCAGAAACCAUGAAGCAAAUUAAACCAAAGGCUACAGAGAAAGCAGUAAAGCUAAAUGGAACAAAGGCAGAUACCAUGAAGCAAGUGAAACCAAAACCUGCGAAAGAAGGUAACAGAGAAGUUCAAUCAAUUACACAUUUACAACUGCUGCUAACCUCACAGCUUUUCUUUCUUCCAAUGCCAAAUGUUAAAGCUACGAAUUAA